AAAAGAAAAGGAAGGAAAGAAGAAAAAGAGGCAAAUAGAGGAAGAAAGAAAUAAAGGAAAGAAGAAGGGGACAGGCACCAGGGUACAUACAGGGAUGGCGGCUGGAACAGGGGGACAGUGUGGCGUCUUGCUUUGUGGACAAACUGGGACACCUCUAUCCCAGGGGAUUUAAAAUAUUGGUCUCAUUUGUCAGGUGGAAUAGAGUGAUUAUGCUAUAUUGCCUCCCUUGAUUUUUUGGAGUGAAAAUUUUUUUUGGCAAGUCAUGGCAUUCUUGCCACAAAAAUAUCGAACAUAAAUUGUGGGGUUCAAGCUGAACUUAGAAUCACGCUAUGGUACUACUAAACCAACUGCCAAAUAGGAUGUGCAUAUACUACGCACAUAUCAUUAGUUGCAAUGAUGUAAGAUAAUCAUAUUAUUGCUUAGGCUUUGUUUGUUGAAAUUUUCCUUGUGUUAUAAUUCUUCAUCAGUCAAUAAUAUAUUCUUCUUACCAUAAAAUUUUUUCCAAAUGGUUAAGCAUAAUUUGAAGUUUUUCUUCCCUUCUAUCCUACCAAUGAGAUUAUAUAGCUAUAACCAUGGUUCACAUCACGAGCAACUCCCUCUUGCUAGUCUUUAUGUGAAAUUUAUUGUCGCACCUUUUCAGACAUUCGUCAGCCACUUUCUCUGUUUUAUUGUUUUUAAUAGUUCCCCUGACAAUCUGUUGAUCUUUGUCGCAACUUUCCAUUUCUCAUUAUAUUUUUCAUUUUAUGAUAUCACAAUGUGUUCUUUAUUGCUUUCCCAUUAAGAAAAACAAGGGGUCAAAACUAGAAAGAGAAAUCUGCCCGUGACUAUUACUGACAGCCUGAUUUUGUAGUUGCUGGUGCCAACUUUCAUUCCAUCUAUUGACAUGCACAGGAAACCACUGCCUCUGGUUUUAUACUUCAACCAUUGACUAGGAUAAUUGUUAUAACAAUCUGUGAUUCUGUCUUUAUUGCAUUCUGCGGGCACAUGUUGUGGGAAAGCCUAAUCAAAAUCAAUAUAUUAACAACCAUGAAGAUAUCUUCACUCCAUCUUAGUUCAUAUUGCAAGAUAAACUCUUUCUUUAACUGUUUUGAUAUCAAAUGAGACAGGGCAGUAAAGUUUUGAACUUUUUAUACCAGGUCAUCUUGAAAUCCUUGAUUAAAACACUGUUGUACUUGUUAAGAGAUACAUUUGGUGAAGGCUUUCUAACUUCCUGUUCCAGUCUGCUUGAAUCUACUGGUUACUUCAUCCUAUCCUGCAGUAUGCCUGCAAUCCAAAGGCUAUAUGAUACAUGUAAAGUCUCGUUCUCUCCUAAUGGACCUAUAUCUCCAGAAGCUCUGGAGCAUGUUCGCUCGAUUUUAGAUGAGAUCAGGCCAUCUGAUGUGGGUCUUGAACAAGAGGCCCAGGCGGUACGAACAUUAAAAGGCUCUGCACAUGGUUUAAAUGGGAGAAAAGGGCGUAAUGGGAGCAACCAAUUUUUGCCUCCCAUCAAAUAUUUGCAUAUGCAUGAAUGUGAAAGCUUCUCUAUUGGUAUAUUUUGCAUGCCACCUUCGUCCAUUAUUCCACUGCAUAAUCAUCCUGGAAUGACCGUUUUGAGCAAGCUUCUGUACGGUUCGUUGCACGUUAGAUCAUAUGAUUGGAUAGAGAUAGCCGAUGGCAUUGAUCCAACAAGAG